AUGACGGUAAAGGUUGGCGAAGACAUGGCACGGGUUCAGGUUUCGUGUCCGCACCAAAGCGGCCUUAUCUACGCCGUGCCGGGCGAUCGGAGCUGGGUAUGCAGCGAUGAAUUGCGGCCGGCCCACGCUAUGGCAGGGUUCUUUCGGGAGUUGGUCGCGCUGAAAGACCCGCGGGUGGAGAACCUGAUGCACGAGUGGGGGUUGUAUUACCGCAGCCUGCCCCUGGAAGAGGACUCGGGCGGCGGCGAGUCGCCCACGUCGUAA